AUGGCCGGUCCUGCGGGGACAGCGGAGAUCGGACGCCGUAGGCGGCGGGCGGGCACGACGCGGGGCCGCCCCUUCCCCGCCCUCCACCCGGUCCCAGGCCCACAGCUCACGGCCCACGCCGCACCUCAGUCCGCUACGCGCGACUCAGCCGACGCCAACUGCCCGGCCGACGCCCAGCCAGCAGGCCUCAGCCCCGAGUCGCGCCGAUUGGCCGGCACGGCCCACGUGACCCCCGCGGGCCGGACACUGUGCGGGCCCCGCCCCCAGCCGUCGGCGGGCGCGCGGGGGAGGAAAACGAGUGGGAGCUGGUGUUGGAGGGGCCCCCUGGCCGGCGGGGCUGCGACUGCGCCUGCGCCCGCGCUUGCGGCGGGCGGUUCAGACCUCGCAGACCUGGCCCCUCGCCAAGCGGCCCAGGAGGCGGCUCUUGGCCGCCCACACCGCUCUUUCCGGGAACCGAGUCUCUCGGACUCGUCACGCAUCAGUGCCCUGCGGCAUGUCUUCUUCCUUUACCUGUCGCUCUCCGCCGCUUCCACCCUCCGGUCGCUCUCCUCUCUUCCGCCACCCCAGUCCCUGAUCCCUUCCUCCCAGAGUGCCCGGGCUCCGGCUCCCCCUGCGCCCACGGUGACAGAGCCUGCUGCCGAUGGGUGCUCACCUCACUCUCCUCACCUGUGCAGGGAGAGAACCCUUUAUCCGGAGGUGAAGGACUCUGCCUCAAGAUGGGGAAGUCUGCCCCCCUCCGGGGAUGCGGAUGCGUUGCUGAUGCUUCUCCAGAGGUCUCUGAUCCGGGCUGAUGGUCUUCUUCCAAUCCCUCUUCUACCUGGUGUACAUCUGGAGGAUCGACUGGAACUGUGCGGCAGAACAGGGGCCCCCGCACUGGUACCUGCUCUGCUGCGCAGUUCCAGUCGAUCCUCUAGAUGUACACCAGGUAAGAGAGGGUUUGAAAGAAGACCAUCAGCCCGGACCAGAGACCUGCAGGUGGGAAAUGAGCAGCCCAUUUAGGUGUUCUGCACUUCUGCUCCUACCACCAUUGACAUCAUUCUGUAUCCACGGUGGAAACUGCAGUUAAUAUAACUUCUCAAAAGUGAAAGUCACUCAGUUGUGUCCGACUCUGUGACCCCAUGGACUAUACAGUCCGUGGAAUUCUCCAAGCCAGAAGACUGGAGUGGGUAGCCUAUCCCUUCUCCAGCAGAUUUUCCCAACCCAGGAAUCAAACGGGGGUCUCCUGCAUUGCUGGUGGAAUUCUUUACCAACUGAGCUACCAGGGAAGCCCUUAUAACUUCCCUAAAGUUUUAGAUAAUUACGGACCAGGAUCAGACUCAGGCUUCCCACUGACCUGUCUAUGGCAUUCAGUCCAUCAAUAAACACCCCCAAAACUGUUGGCUGCUUUACGUGGGGAUUUAGCCAGCAUUUGGCUUUGUGUCAGGUAGUGUAUGAAGUGCUAGAAACAAAGAACUGAACACUGUUUGACAUAAAGCGUAGCAAUUUUUUUGGUCCAUCUCCUAAAACAAAGAAAAUAAAAGCAAAAAGAAACAAAUGGGGCCAAAUGAAACUUAAAGAGCUUUCACACAGCCAAAGAAAUUAUCAACAAAAUGUAAAGAAAAUCUACUGAAUGGGAGACAAUAUUUACAAAUGAUGUGACUGAUACAGGGUUAACAUCCAACAUAUAUAAAUAGCUCAUAUAAUUCAACAUCAAAAAAUGGGCAGAACUGAAUAGAAAUUUUUCCAGAGAUGACCUGCAGAUGGCCAACAGGCACAGAAAAUAGGCUCAGCAUCAUUAACCAUUAGGGAAAUGCAAAUCAAAGCCACAAUGAGAUAUCACCCAUACCUAUCAGAAUGGCCAUCAUCAAAAAGAACUUAAGUGUUGGCAAGGAUAUGGAGAAAGGGAGCUCUCAUGCACUGUUGGGAAUGUGAGUGAGUGCAGCUACUCUGGAAAGCAGUACAGAGGUUCCUCAGAAAAACUAAAAAUAAGAUUGCCAAGUGAUCCAGCAAUUUCACUGCUGGAUAUGUAUUUGAACAAAACAAAAACAUCAAUUCAGUAGGAUCCAUGCACGCCAGUGUUCAUAGCAGCAUUUACAACUGCCAAGAUAAGGAAGCACCUAAGUAUUUAUCAAAAGAUGAAUAAAGGUGUGUGUGUAUAUAUACAUAAUAGAAUAUUCCUCAGUGACAAAAAAUGAAGAAAUGAAAUUCUGCCAUUUGCAGCAAAAUGGAUGGACUUAGAGGGCAUUAUGCUAAGUGAAGUAAAG